GAACCUGACACUCAGCCAGGACAGAAAGAGGAAAACCAUUCAAGUGGUGAGCUGUAUGAGACAGACUCAGGGACCAACCUCAGCUCCUGUGUCAGUGUCUCCCAGCAUGGGCUGCUUGAAGAAGACCCUGUCUUUUCUCCUCAUUUUUGUGUCCAUAUGUGCACGUGAGACUCUGUUGCAGGAAGCUGACCCAACUAGGCAAAGAAAACCAUUUUUUGAGAGGCUUCGUCGACUAGAAGAGCAGUUUCAGAGAUUCCAACAGGUGACCCUAAUACACCUUCAGGACAUUGCCAACAACUACAAUGUGCACUACAAUGUGGCUGCCCGCUUCCAGAGUCUGGUGGAAGAGAGCCAGGCCGUAGCUCUAGCGUUGAACCAGUCUCAAGCCGCCAUACAAGAGGAUGUGGCCCACCUAAAAACUUGGUUUAGGAAGAGCCAGCGCAGGAGCCAGAAGGUGGAUGACAAGCUUCAAGCCUUGAACCUCUCCCUGAGCACCAAGAGCAGGCAGUGGGUGGAGGAGGAAAAGGAGGAAAAGGCACAGAGGGAGGCUACUGCAAGCCUGGCCCUGAGCAUUCGGGCCCUGCAGGAUGCAUUGGCAAGCCUAACACAGCAAGUCCACAGCCAGGAUGCCAGGCUUGCUGCUCUUGAGGGACAGAUGCAGAGGGCCUCCCCUGGUCCUGAGGCUCUGGGGCUGACUACAGCCCCCACCCUGACUCAGCUUGCUCAGAGAGGCCCAGGCUCCUCGCAACUGUGGAGAAACAGCCAGACAUCCAGGCUUUCACUCCAACACAGGAGUUCCCCUCAAGACUUCACUGACCAUGUCCAGAAGACACAGAAGUUCCCAGCCCCAAGCAGCCAUCAAGCAGCCCUACCAAGGACCCACCAAGGACUAGAAAGAAUUUGCAGCUCAGGCCCAGUGCUAACUUUUCCCAACGCCUCCACUGAAAAUGUGAUCUUUCUGAGCCCUGGCUUCCUCAUGCCUCUACGAGCUCUGUCCUUCUGCAGUUGGGUUCGUACGGCCUCCAGCCACCUGGGCACCCUCCUUUCCUAUGCCACCAACGACAAUGACAACAAGCUAGUACUGCAUGGCCGAGAUUCCCUGGUCCCCGGCUCCAUCCACUUUGUGAUUGGUGACCCGGUCUUCAGGGAACUGUCCCUGCAACCACUCCUGGAUGGUCAGUGGCACCACAUUUGUAUCAUCUGGACAUCCAUGGAGGGCAAGUACUGGCUCCACAUAGACCGAAGGAUAGUCGCUACUGGCUCCCACUUCAGAGAGGGCUAUGAGAUCCCUCCUGGAGGGUCCCUUGUGUUGGGCCAGGAACAAGACACUGUGGGGGGUGAGUUUGACAGCUCUGAGGCCUUUGUAGGGAGCAUAUCUGGCUUGGCCAUCUGGGACCGGGCACUGGUCCCUAGAGAGGUUGCAAACCUUGCCACUGGGCAAGAGUUCCCAGCAGGUGCUAUUCUGACGCUGACCAAUGCCACAUCGGUGGGUGGAUUCGUGCAGAGGGCCAAAUGUACCUGCCUGGAGCAGUGUCCAUAGGCUGCCACACACGGGCUGAAUCACAGUCAAGGCCAGCAAGAAGAGGCCAGCACAUUCCAAACCACUCCCCUGCCAUCACUGCAGGGCUG